GGCUCCAGUCACUGUGUGUCUCGCUUGGGGUGUUUGAAGAGGUGUCGGCCUUUUAGUGGUCAAGUGUUUCCUCCUAAGGCUUUCCCCUUGCCAAGAUUAUUUUUAAAACAAACCCUUGUUUUUCUCGGGUACUUGUGCAAUGUUGGAUCCAUCUGGAAUUGAUUUUGGUGCGGGGUGAGAGGAAUCCAGCGUCGCGGUUUUCUCUGCUGCUUCUAACACCACCGAUUGAAUAAUUCACUGGUUUGGAAAACCACCUUUGUCGUGCAUUAAAUUCGUGCGUGAUUUGGGGUCCAUUCUGGAAUUUGGUGGCUUUGGUGUGCAUGAGGUCUUCAUUUUCGCGCAGCAGAUCUGGAAGUCUCUGCCCCCAUAUUUUUGCUUUUGGUGUUUUGCUUAAAAGGCCCUUCCCACCUGAAAUAAUAAAAACGUAUUUGCAUUCAAGAUUUUUCCAUAAAACGUGAUGUGAAAUUUCUGCUCUUCAGUCAUUCAUGAGUCUGCCCAGGAUUCAUGAGACGUGUAGUAUUUGAUAGGAGAUGAUCUAAUGUUUUUCUAGGCUUUUUUUUUUUUUUAAUCUCUUUUCCUUCCUCUACUUUCUGGGAGAUCUGCUGAACUUCACGCACAGUUCUACGUUUCCUGAAGCAUUUAGCUCGUUCCAGCCCCAUUUACUGAACCCCGUUUCGUCAGCAGUUUGAAUUGCCUCAUCUGUUCUCCAUUUGUGUAUACGGAUUUGGCCCUGCUCUGCCCCAUUCCUGUGUCACCCCUUUCAUCCAGGCCCACUUGGCUCUUGGGGCGCCUUGGUUUUGUGGAUACAGUGAGAAUUUACAUUUCAUUUCUAUAGAAAUAAGUUUAUUUUAAGCUUGUUUCUUGAGUCAUUUGUGAACAGGAUCUUUUUCCCUAUGUAUUUUCUGCCCAGGUCUUGCUGGUGUGUAGGAAGCUAUGGGUCUGGGCGCGUGAUCGUUUUCUGUGGAAGAUUGCAGGGUUCCGCUCUGUGUUCACACGUGGCUCAGAGAGGCCUCUCCUGAAGAUGCUUCCCCCGUGGAGGGCACGGGACUCACUCCAGCAGGAGAGCCCGUAGGUGAGCCCCACAGGCUCCUCUGACCUCCAGCUUCCUCAGAAACCUCGGACGACCCAGCCAUGGCAGCGGCCAGGCUCCUGCCACCGCCAGCAGGACCCCAGCCCCUGUCAUUCCAGGCCAAGGUGACCUUUGAGGAUGUGGCCGUGCUCCUCUCCCAGGAGGAAUGGGACCGCCUGGGCCCUGCUCAGCGGGGCCUCUACCGACACGUGAUGAUGGAGACCUAUGGGAACGUGGUAUCGCUAGGACUUCCAGGAUCAAAGCCCAAUGUGAUCUCUCAGCUGGAGCGAGGCGAAGAGCCGUGGGUCCUGGACGGGCAAGGGGCUGAGGAGACUAGGGGCCUGGGGAGUGGCCGGUCAGACAGCUACAGGCGUGAGCACACGACAGCUUGUACGCGACCAGACAGUUCACCCUGUCCAUGGGAGCAUGAGAACAAGGGAGAGAACCCGAAGAGGGAUUGGAGUCUGAAGCCGUGUCUUUCAGAGGAAGGGCCCGCGGUCCUGGGGGGGGCACCCUCGGGCCAGCCUGAUCACGGACCCUACAGAGCCGAGCAGAGCCGCCCUGCGAGCCCCAGCCCCGGCGGCCCGCCCGGAGCUCAGGGCCCCAGCCGCGGUGUGCCUGCCCCCGCGCAGCAGGCUGGGCCCGGCGGGGAGCGACCCUACAAGUGCACCGAGUGCGGGAAGUGCUUCGGCCGCAGCUCCCAUCUGCUGCAGCACCAGCGAACGCACACCGGGGAGAAGCCCUACGUGUGCGGCGUGUGCGGCAAGGCCUUCAGCCAGAGCUCGGUCCUCAGCAAGCACCGGCGGAUCCACACGGGCGAGAAGCCCUACGAGUGCGACGAGUGCGGCAAGGCCUUCCGCGUGAGCUCGGACCUGGCGCAGCACCACAAGAUCCACACGGGCGAGAAGCCGCACGAGUGCGCCGAGUGCAGGAAGGCGUUCACGCAGCUCUCGCACCUCAUCCAGCACCAGCGCAUCCACACGGGCGAGCGGCCGUACGUGUGCGCGCUGUGCGGCAAGGCCUUCAACCACAGCACGGUGCUGCGCAGCCACCAGCGCGUGCACACGGGCGAGAAGCCGCACGAGUGCGCGCAGUGCGGCCGCGCCUUCAGCGUCAAGCGCACGCUCCUGCAGCACCAGCGCGUGCACACGGGCGAGAAGCCGUACACGUGCAGCGAGUGCGGCCGCGCCUUCAGCGACCGCUCGGUGCUCAUCCAGCACCACAACGUGCACACGGGCGAGAAGCCGUACGAGUGCGGCGAGUGCGGCAAGGCCUUCAGCCACCGCUCGACGCUCCUGAACCACGAGCGCAUCCACACGGAGGAGAAGCCGUACGGCUGCUUCGCGUGCGGCAAGGCCUUCGUGCAGCACUCGCACCUGACGCAGCACCGGCGCGUGCACACGGGCGAGAAGCCCUACGUGUGCGGCGAGUGCGGCCACGCGUUCAGCGCGCGGCGCUCGCUGGUGCAGCACCAGCGCAUCCACACGGGCGAGCGGCCGUUCCGCUGCGCGCAGUGCGGCAAGGCCUUCAGCCUCAAGGCCACGCUGAUCGUGCACCUGCGGACGCACACGGGCGAGCGGCCCUACGAGUGCAGCCGCUGCGGCAAGGCCUUCAGCCAGUACUCGGUGCUCAUCCAGCACCAGCGCAUCCACACGGGCGAGCGGCCCUACGAGUGCGCCCAGUGCGGCCGCGCCUUCAACCAGCACGGCCACCUGAUCCAGCACCAGAAGGUGCACGCCAAGCCCUGAGCCCCCCGGGGCCGCCGCCGCCCCGCGCGGGACCGGCUGCCGAGGGCUCCGCCCCGGGGGGGGGGGGAGCCCGAAGAGCGGGCCCCGGGGCGCGGCGGGCGGAGGAGCCGGAGGGAGCCUGUCGCGGCCCUCGUGGGUGCGCGCGCGGGCGGGAGAGCGCGAGGCUCAGGCCGCAGCAGCACGUUCCCGCCUCCGAGUCAAGUUCGCGCCCCCAAGAGGACAGGCCUUUUCCAAAGACAACAGUUGCUCCGACUCCUGCGACUCCUGCGCGCACGUUUGGGUGAUGUGCGCUGUUCGACCACCGCCGCGUUGUGCGGAGGAAGAGAUGGCCGUCGAGCAUCACCGUGGAAUACGGCUGGAAGCCCUGCGUGUGUGCAACCCCUUGUUUUGUGUGAACAAAGGAAACAGCCCAAGGAGGAAUUAGGGAGAAAUGAUGUGAACUCAGAAAACGCUUCAGCUGGCGUCUGAACUUGAUUCCAGAUCAGAAGGAAUGUCCUAAGUGAAAAUUCAACUCAGAAAUGGAUCUUUGCCUCAAAACCUAGCCUUAUGACUUACAGACCGUAUGCCCCGGAGAUCGUGGGAUGUCUGGGGCCUCCAGACCCUGUGUGGGUUGGAGGGGAGCUCUGCAUUCAGAGCCCAGACCUCAUAGCCACUGUGUUACUCAAAAGACAGUUCCUUGGUACAUAUUUUUAAAACCUAAAAUUAUCACAUUCAAAUUGCUUUUUUAUUAUCUGAAAUUUCCAUUCCUAUAUUUGAGGGUUUUUUUAUUUUUUACUCCUGAUUGCAAAAGUGUCUAGUAGCCAUUUUCAUAUACUGUAAUGAAUCCGUUUGUUCAUAAUUUUUUUAAAGAUUUUUAUUUAUUUGACAGCGAUCACAAGUAGGCAGAGAGAGACGGGGAAGCAGG